UUAGUUUAGCUAUAGGCUGCAUUAAACCGUGUUUGAAAUCUAUUACUUUUUGAUCGUUUUUCCCUAUUCGCAGCUUACAGUUUUGUUAUACAUUUGCGAUGAAGAUGGAUUUAGACGCUCUUAAAUAUACCGAAUUGCAGCAGCUUGCCAAGAGUGUUGGUUUAAAAGCUAACAUGAAGGCUGAGAAGCUACUUAAGGCACUGAAGACGCAUUUUGAACAAGAGGACUCGGAGAAUGGAAAUAACGUUGCUUCGGGUGAUACGGAGACCCCGACACAGACGGCGGAAGAGCCCAUACCUUCCAGCGCUCCGCAUGUCACCAAGCGUCAGAAUGCAACGCGUGGUAAAAACGCCAAGAGGAAGCAUUCUAACGACGGAGUUACAGAUACCUGUCCUAAACCGCAAGAGAGACCAACUCCAGACAAUGCCAAGGCUACUGGAGAGGACAGCAGAAGGAACUCCAAGAGGAGGAAGAUGUCCUCUGUUAAGGAGGUGGUGUCUUCUGUUUCCUCUGAGGAGCCCAACGAGAACCAGGCAGAGACUGAACCUACAUCCAUCAGUGAUGCUUCCACUCUGCAAAGUGACAAAGGUGUGAGUAAGAAGGCUGCUGGUAAAAUUCCUCGUCAUGAGGGUCUGUUGAAGAAGAAGACCACUCUGAAGCCCAUCACUCCCAACUUCAAGAAACUCCACGAGGCGCACUUCAGCAAGAUGGAGUCCAUUGAUUCUUAUGUGCAGAGGAGGAACAAACAGGUGGAGGAUCUGAAGAAUUCCAUCAAGGAGCUGAAGCAGAAGCCACCUGUCAGACAUGCCUCGCUGUUCAGCCCAGGUGUUCAAGAGAGAAAACCGGCUCCAGACAAACGCAGGUUCACCCAGGUCUCUGCAAGCAAGGCUGUGGGCAAAGAUAGGCCAAGUGUCUUUAGGCCGACCGUCCUUUCAACCAACAAAAUCAACGUCAGGUUUUCUCAGGCUACCCAGGACAAUGAGCACAAGCGUUCUCUGGUGAAGACUCCUGCACGCAUGUCCCCUCUAUUCCCCCCCACCCCCAACCCAGGCAGGAUGUCUGAAACCUGCAUCAGGCCCGAGACUAAUGCAGCCACUGUCAACAAAACGCCAAGAUUGUCUGCAUUUGUCUUUGGUGAUGCAUCAACUACUCCAGCAACCAACAAGAAAAGCUCAUUUGACUUGAAGGCCAGCCUCUCUCGUCCCCUCACCUACAAGCCACACAAGGGAAAGCUGAAGCCUUUUGGAGCAAUGCAGGAAAAUGCAGCUCUGGACAAAUCUCAGACAAUCCCAUCGCACCAGAAAAACUACAAACAGCACCAAGUGCGGACAAGAGAGGAACGCCGUGUCAAACACACAGUGGACAGGAAGCAGAAGAAAGAGAAGAUGCUUGGUGCCCGACGUGGGCUGCUUAUGCCUUAGCAUUGCAGUUUUGUAUUUUUUUUAAUUACUACUGUUUGUUUUUAAACAACCUGCUCUAGCUGCUUGUAUAUUUUAGCUUGUCUGUCCUUUGUGAUUGAUAC